AUGGACGACGUGCUAAGUCUCAUGGGACAGAUUAACAGCGACACAACUGAUCGUCUCACCGAGAUUUCCAAGAGGAUAGGAUACGCGUUCGAUCUAAGCAACAAGAGGGCUGAGGUAUUUGAGCAACUGAAAGGUAUUCUAGGCUUAUCUCUUAAACUACAGUUCUAUGUCUGUAAGAAGCUUGUUAAAGAAUCCGAGCUUCUUGACCUGUUUCGGGGUUUGCCUGAGACCGCGCGUGCAGCGUUUCGAAUUCCACCAGAAUUUGUGGCUCUUCAUGGAGCGCAUCUCCCUUUCGACUGUCGUCUUGUCACCCCCCGGGGAAGGUCUUGGCCUGUGAGAGUGUUGAACAUUGCGAGUGGUUGCCAUUUCCACACUGGAUGGGCCGACUUUCGUCUCACUAACAAUAUCAUUCACGACGACGUACUUACAUUCACUAUGGUCGACGCAGGCAUAUUUCAUGUGAAGCGAUAUAACCCGAGGACGGGCCGUCCUCGGGUUAGUGAUUUACAAGGAGAUGAUGUUUACGGAGACGCCGACCACAGUGAUGCCCCGGAUGUCGAAACCUCAGACGACUAUGUGCCGUCAGACACGGAGGUUGUCGACUCAUCAGAUGAGGACGAGUAUGCGCCGGACCAAGGAGUUUUAGCAGAUGAUGGUUGCCCAACUUUCUCUGUAACAUUGGACAGCUCGAACAUAUCUCGUACUUUAGAGAUACCGAUGGCAUUUUGGCGCCACCACAUUCGGAUGAUCAGCCUGCAAGACCCGGUGUACUUCAACGUGAACGGAGACUAUUGGUUCAUCGUUCUCGACCACAGUGAUACCAAGAUUUGGGUGAAGCGCGGCUGGAGACGUUUCAAAGCUGCAAAUCAUCUCGUGGUUGGUGUGCGUUGCCACUUCAAACUCAUUGAUCGCAAUGAUGUCCAGUUUUAUGUGUGGUUCGAUCGGCCUUAA